UUUAUAUCUCAGUUAUCCACUUUCUUCAACUAAUAACCUGACAAUGGCAACUUCAUCUUUACUUCAAACAGCUCUCCAAAACCUCCACGUCUCCCAGCAGAUCCACCAGCAAUCACACACGCCUCAUCCCCCGUCUUCCCCCGGUUCCACUUCUUCGCGUCUAUCAUCCCCUGGCGGGACCCCGCCAAUGUCUGACUGGGAGGCUGACGAAGACGAACUAAUUGCAGUUGGAAGGGGUACGAGGCCUGCCACCCCAGUUGGUGGAAGAGGAGGUACCAAGCUACCUAGCAUUUUGGGAGGGAAAUCAAAAGAUCCACUCAGAACAUUGCCAACGCAUUUGGCCGUGAGGAUCUUCUUAAUGCUUGACAUCAGAUCCCUAGCGCGAUGCGACCGGGUUUGCAAGAGAUGGCACAAGUCUUCUACUUUAAACUAUGUAUGGUUCCUUCAGAAUCGCGCUUUGCUACUUCCUCGUAUAACUACCCCAGAAACUCCAGGAGGCAAAACUCGCAAAAUCGAGGGGGAGAUCGAGUUCUAUGAUCCUUACGACAAAUCUCCCCGUCUUUCGUCACUUCCAUCACCUCCUAUACCUACCUCCACGCAGCCUCAGUGGACAAAGAUAGAAAGCAAGAAGGAGUGGAAAUCACAGUUCAAGCACACUUUCAAACGGACAGACCCAACUGCCGAGCCAGAACCAGACAGAGGUAGGGUGGAUAUUGCAAGCUUACACUCUUCCGGCUUCUCGACUCCAACUGGGAGUCACUCUUACGCUGGUCUUGGGAGUGGAAAUUCUUCACGUUGGGAGGCUAUCGGUGGGGAAGCUCCAAGUUCCACUGAGCGUAAGCUGGCUGCGAGAGAGGCCUACAAAUCCCUUGGUGGCAGGAAAAGUAGAAUCAAGAGAAAGAUGGGAGGUGAAUUAGGAGCUAAAGAUAAAGGUGGAGCAAUCGACGAUAACAGGUUCGAUGCCCCUUGGUGAAAACAUCUUGGUGCAAACAUCAUAUCAUCUUUCCGAGCGUAAUAAUGGUUGAUUACUGGUUUGCGUAGUCUAAUAUAUAAUAACGUAAGAUGGUACUUGGACGGUGAGAGUAGAUCCUGAUCUUAGUUGGUCAUUUUUUAUCAUGAUAAAUUCCUAUUGCCGAGGAGCCAGUUGACGUUGUAAGACUCUUAAGUUUUUAGUAUGUACUUCAACACGGAACGUUGAGAAUAUGGUCUUGUGUAAUGGGUGUUGUCAUUACUUAUAUCAAAGGGGA